AUGUCUUCUAUGAUUACGACUACAUCAUGGGUUAAGCGCGGUGUCGCUGCCCAGUUCCCUACCAAAUAUGUCAUCGACGAGGCUGAGAUGGGCCGCAUAUCUAAGCUUGCGCGCAUGCAACUUGAGGAUGCCAAGGAGGAUAUGAGUGCUGCUCAGGAUGGAAAGGCGGAUGAGGAAGAGGAGAAUGAUGAUGUUAUGGAGGAUGACAGCGAAGAGAAGCCUGUCAAGAAUGGCACAGAUGCAGCAAGCGACGAUGAUGUCCUGAAGGAAUUCGACAUGGAUAACUACGAUAACGAGGAGGUCGAUGAAGAGGGCGAGAAGGUCACUAUGUUCGGCAAUGUCCAAUCGCUGGCCUACCACCAGCCCAACGAGGCGGAUCCCUACCUCACCAUGAACGACGAGGAUGAUGAUGACGAGCGUGAGGAACUUCAAAUUAUGCCCGAAGAUAAUCUCCUCCUCGCUGGAAAGGUUGAGGAUGAAGUUGCGCAUCUCGAGGUCUACGUCUACGAAGACAAGGCGGACAACCUUUACGUGCACCACGACAUUAUGUUGCCCGGCAUCCCGCUGUGCACAGAGUGGCUCGAUAUCCCCGUUGGCAAGAACACAGAAGGUCGGACCCCAGGUAACUUCGUCGCCGUCGGAACUAUGGAGCCCGAUAUCGAGAUCUGGGACCUCGACGUCGUGGACUCCAUGUACCCCGAUGCCAUCCUCGGCCAGGGAGGCCAAGACGAGAAGACAAAGAAGAAGCAAAAGAAGAAGGUCAAGGCCAACGACGAGUACCACAUCGACGCAGUCCUGGCGCUGGCCGCCAACCGCCAGCACCGCAAUCUGCUCGCCUCCGGCUCCGCGGACAAGACCGUCAAGCUCUGGGACCUCAACACCGCCACCUGCGCCAAGUCCUACUCCAACCACAAGGACAAGGUCUGCUCACUAGACUGGCACCCCACAGAGUCCACUAUUCUCCUGAGCGGCAGCUACGACCGCACAGUGGUAGCGGCGGACAUGCGCGCCCCAGAUGCCCAAGCCCGCUGGGGCGUUGAUGCCGAUGUCGAGGCCGUCCGCUGGGACCCCCACGACCCCAACUUCUUCUACGUCACCACUGACGCCGGUAUGGUCUACCGCUUCGACAUGCGCAACGUGCCCACCACCCCUGCGGCGUCCAAGCCCGUCUGGUCUCUCCAAGCGCACGACUCUUCCGUUUCCUCCUUCGACAUCAACCGCACCAUCCCCGGCUUCCUGGUGACCGGAUCAACAGACAAGACGGUGAAGCUGUGGAACGUCGAAGACGACAAGCCCAGCCUGGUUGUUACCCGCAAGUUGGAGGUCGGCAAGGUCUUCUCUACUCAGUUCGCGCCGGACCAGGAGGUCGGAUUCCGUCUCGCCGUUGCUGGUAGCAAGGGCAAUGUCCAGAUCUGGGAUGCUUCCACGAAUGCUGGUGUGCGUCGGGCUUUCGUCUCGCGCAUUCCGGACUUUGCUAGUGAGGUCCAGGAGCGCACUGUUGGUAUCACUGUUGAUGAUGACGACUCUUCGGAUGAUGAGGGUGAGGGUGAGGGCGAGGAGGAGGGCGCUCCUCGUGGCGGUGAUGGUUGGGAGUCGAUGGAUGAAAACUAG